AAGGCCUGGGCCGCCGCCUAGCGUGAAAUCCUGAAACGCUGCGGUUGGCUAGAUUGGCCUACUGUGGCCCUAGAGGUCACCACACCCCAAACCCAACUCCCCUCAUCUACAUAAAGGCUUUCACAGAUAUCAAGUUCCAAAGUUAAUUCAAGGAAGAAAAAGAAGUUAUGAAAAGUUGAUAAGCUCCUAGGAUUGUUGUAUUUUUAUCUGUUAUUUCUAUAAUUGCACAAUUUGUGCACCUGGGUACCCAGUUUACUACUAACUACUGCAUCAAUGGCAAGAAAAUUACCACUUCAAAUGUUCAUCUCUAUUAGGGCAAGUUUAUCAUGCCGUUUAUUUGGCUCCUCUGCAAUGAAAAGACAAGCAAGUGUUCCUCCAAGUAUCAAUGAUGAUGGCAAGUCUCACAAUUCAGCGGCACGGCAAUUUCAAGAUGACAAGUUUGAUGCUAAAGCAGUUGAAAAUAUGAUAAGGACCUCAUCCAAGAAAGACAUGCCCAUAGACAUGACCAACCCAUAUGAGAAGAAGAAGGUGCAGUGCUUGCUGUGCAGAUAUCAGCUCAAGCUGGACUACAAAAACAUGAAACUCUUAUCGCAGUUUGUGUCCUCGUUCACCGGUAACAUUUAUGAGAAGCACAUCACGGGCUUGUGUCAGGAGCAACAGGACAGACUUGUCAAGGAGAUUGUCAAGAGCAGAAAUGCUGGAUUCAUGCCCCACGUGUUCAAGAAGGUGGAAUUCUUCAGAGAUCCUAAAUUGUUUGACCCCAACAACCCCAUGAAGCCUCAUCCUCACUGAACGCUAACCGUCGCUAUUUACUGUACAGCUUGCUAAGUAUAAGUGAUCAGACGAAA